AUGUCUGCUGCACACUCCAUCUCGAACGCGUCGGGCUCAGGCAAGAGCAAAGUCCUCGCAAAGAACCCUGACGACGUCGUCAUCGUCUCUGCCGUCCGCUCAGCCAUCACAAAGGCGAAGAAGGGCGGCUUUAAGGACACGCGGCCAGAGGAGAUUCUCUCUGGCAUCCUCCGCGCCGCGUAUACCAAGGUCGGCCUCGACCCAAAACUCAUCGAGGACAUCACCGUCGGCAAUGUCCUCCCGCCCGGCAGCGGUGCCAGUGCGGCGCGCAUGGCGGAGUUGCACGCAGGAAUCCCAAUCACAACGCCUAUCAGCACGGUGAAUAGGCAGUGUUCGUCGGGUCUUGCGGCAGCGAACACCAUCGCGGCGCAGAUCACCUCGGGCCAGAUCGACAUAGGUCUCGCCGCUGGUGUUGAGUCCAUGACCUUCGGCUUCAACGCCGGCGCAAACCCUGACGGCUUCUCCGAGACCGUCCUCUCCUGCAAAGAGGCUGAGGACUGCCUCAUCCCUAUGGGCAUCACGUCCGAGAACGUCGCCAGUGACUUCCACAUCCCCCGCGCGGACCAGGACGCCUUCGCCGCCGCGUCCUUCCAGAAGGCCGCCAAGGCACAGAAGGAGGGCCGGUUCGUUCCCGAGAUCACCCCCCUCACCGUGCCCUGGACCGACCCCAAGACGGAGAAGGAGGGCACGACCGUCGUGGACCACGAUGACGGUGUGCGAGACGGCGUCACGAAGGAGAGCCUCGGCAAGCUGAAGCCUGCGUUCUCCAAGGAUGGCUCGACGCACGCCGGAAACGCCUCACAGGUGUCGGACGGCGCAGCAGCGGUCAUUCUCGCGCGUCGCUCCGUCGCACAACGCCUCGGGCUCCCCAUCGUCGGCAAGUUCGUCGGCGCCACGGCGAUCGGCGUCCCCCCACGGAUCAUGGGCGUCGGCCCGCUCUACGCCAUCCCGAAGGUGCUUGCCAAGGCGGGGCUCAGCAAGGACGACGUCGACUUCUACGAGAUCAACGAGGCGUUUGCGAGCCAGGCGCUGUACUGCGUGCGCGAGCUCGGGAUCGACUUCGGCAAGGUGAACGUGUGGGGCGGCGCGAUCGCGCUUGGACACCCGCUUGGCUGCACUGGGGCGAGGCAGAUCGUGACGGGUCUGAACAUCGCGAAGCAGACGGGCGGCAAGAUCUUCGUCACGAGCAUGUGUAUUGGGUCGGGCAUGGGCAUGGCGGGGCUCUUCGUCAGCGAGCAGUAA